AUGACCUUUCCACGAGCCAGAGUUCUUAGGUUGUCAGUGCUUCCCAUACCGCACAAAGGAAUCUGUGAAUUUGUCAGAUCCCAGCAACCAGAUGCUUCUCUGCCUGCCAUGGCUUUUGGAAGUAGUGAGAGCCUGCCCAGCAGCCAGGCCUGCAAAGUUCCAAACCCAGGUGUGGACAACAGUGGUACAAGCCACAGUGACGGCGAUAUUCCUCCCUGGGAAAUAUUCUUAACCCCUCGUGCCUCUCUCACGUCUGUUUCAGAGGGUCUUGCUGUUGGAGUUGGAUUCGGGGCUGUGGAGAGGACGGCAUCGGCCACCUUUGAGAGCGCCAGGAAUCUGGCCAUUGGAAUUGGGAUCCAGAAUUUCCCUGAGGGCCUGGCUGUCAGCCUCCCCUUGCGAGGGGCCGGCUUCUCCACCUGGAGAGCCUUCUGGUACGGGCAGCUAAGCGGCAUGGUGGAGCCCCUGGCCGGGGUCUUUGGUGCCUUUGCUGUGGUGCUGGCUGAGCCCAUCCUGCCCUACGCUCUGGCCUUUGCUGCUGGUGCCAUGGUCUACGUGGUCAUGGAUGACAUCAUCCCUGAAGCCCAGAUCAGUGGUAACGGGAAACUGGCGUCCUGGGCCUCCAUUCUGGGAUUUGUGGUGAUGAUGUCACUGGACGUUGGCCUGGGCUAGGGCUGAGAUGCUACGGACCCCAGGAAAGGCGGCAUGAGGAAACAACAGCAGUUGGCUUCUGCGGGACCACAGCCUCAUUCUUCAAAUUAAGACAUUCUUCCUUUCUGUCUUCUCCCUCUCAUUAUACUGAUCGACUCUGAUGAUAAUAAAACAAUUUUUACUUUGCUUU